UUUGUUGGUGCUUCAUCAUCCUCCCACUUCUCUGGAAUCACUGCAGGAAGAUUCUUUGAACAUGAGCCAGUUUAUAUCUGCUUAUUUGGCCUGGGAUCAGAACAGGCGUAGACACUUCCAGCUUUUACAGUUUCCUCAGAAAGUACAAGCCGGGACGAAGGCCAUCUCCUGGUACUGUGAAUACGUGUGUGUGUGUGUUGUUUUGAGGGGGGGUGCGGCGUCUGUGAGGGUUCAAAAGGUGACGGCAGAGUAUUCCAGAGAGACAGUGGUUGGAGACAGCAGCUUCCAUAAGGUAAACAGGAUCUCCUCCUGAAGGUCGAGGGAGGUGCUUCUCAAGGCCCCCACAGACAAUACUCUGGGUAUUAUUAACGGAAAUGGCUAAGAAUAGAGAGGAGGGGAGCGAGGUGGCUCCUCUGUCGGCCGUGUUGUUUGGGUUAAACCAGCCAAAACGGAACAUCAUCUGUGGAAGAGUGACUUCUCCAAGCUUAACAUGCUGGGUGUGUCGCUCUCUCGCGAGGCUAGAGGUUGAUUUGGAGGGGUUUUAUCGGGCUCUACUGCACAGCAGCAGCCGGGGAGUAGUUGUGGAUCUUUCUUUCACUCGUUAUGUAUACGGAGUUAUUGGGUUUUACAGUGUGGAUUUAUAAACCAUGAUCCCCAUCACUGAGCUGCGGUACUUUGUGGACACUCAGCCAGCGUACCGCAUCCUGAAACCAUGGUGGGACGUGUUCACGGACUAUAUCUCCAUUGUUAUGCUCAUGAUUUCCGUGUUUGGAGGGACAUUGCAGGUCACCCAGGACAAGAUGAUCUGCCUGCCCUGCAAAUGGGUGGUCAAUGAGACCUGCAGGAAGAACUUCAACACCUCAUCACUGUUCCUCGAGCCCAAAGGGAUCCAGUACGAUCUGGACCGCCACCAGUACAACUAUGUGGACGCUGUGUGCUACGAGAACAGAUUGCACUGGUUUGCCAAGUAUUUUCCCUACCUAGUAUUACUCCACACCCUUAUUUUCCUAGCUUGCAGCAACUUUUGGUUUAAGUUUCCACGGACUAGUUCCAAACUAGAGCACUUUGUGAGCAUCUUGCUGAAAUGCUUUGACUCCCCAUGGACAACUAGGGCACUGUCAGAGACAGUGGUCGAAGAGAGUGACCCAAAACCAAUGAAGAUGAACGGCUCAAUGGACCACAAGGAGUCCGUCAUCAGUGAAGAUGUUGAAGCAAGUGUCCCUAUGCUCCAAAGGACAAAGACGCGCUUUGAGCAGGGCAUUGUAGAUCGAACGGAGACGGGGGUUCUGGAGAAAAAAGAGGGCGAACAAGCAAAAGCCCUGUUUGAAAAAGUGAAAAAGUUCCGUAUACACGUUGAAGAGGGGGACAUCGUGUACAGGCUGUACAUCCGUCAGACUAUCAUCAAGGUCAUCAAGUUCAUUUUGAUCAUCUGUUACACAGGGUAUUAUGUGCAUGAUAUUAAAUUCAGCGUUGACUGUUCGGUAAACAUCGAGAGUCUGACGGGUUACAGCGUGUACCGCUGUGCUCAUCCGUUGGCCACACUUUUUAAAAUCUUAGCCUGUUUUUACAUUAGCUUAGUGGUGGUGUAUGGCUUGAUCUGCAUGUACACACUUUGCUGGAUGCUCCGGCGCUCUCUUAAGAAAUACUCCUUUGAGUCCAUACGGGAGGAGAGCAGCUACAGUGACAUACCCGAUGUGAAGAAUGACUUUGCAUUCAUGUUGCACAUGAUCGAUCAGUACGACCCCCUGUACUCGAAACGAUUUGCCGUGUUCCUCUCAGAGGUGAGCGAAAACAAGCUGAGGCAGCUGAACCUGAACAAUGAGUGGACAUUGGACAAGCUCAGGCAGAGGAUCACUAAGAACUCUCAGGAGAAGUUGGAGUUGCACCUUUUCAUGCUAAGCGGCAUUCCAGACACUGUGUUUGACCUGAUGGAGCUGGAGGUCCUUAAACUGGAGCUCAUCCCAGAUGUCACCAUCCCACCAAUCAUCGCCCAGCUGAUCAACCUGCGGGAAAUGUGGCUCUAUCACACACCAGCAAAGAUCGAAGCUCCAGCUCUGGCUUUUUUGCGCGAGAACUUAAAGUCCCUGCACAUCAAGUUCACUGACAUCAAGGAGAUUCCCUUAUGGAUCUACAGUUUAAAGAAUCUGAGUGAGCUCCAUCUGACCGGGAAUCUCAGUGCGGAAAACAACCGCUACAUUGUCAUUGACGGGCUACGGGAGCUCAAGAGGCUCAAAGUUCUUCGUCUGAAGAGCAAUCUCACCAAGCUACCUCAGGUGGUGACUGACGUGGGCAUGCACCUCCAGAAGCUCUCCAUCAACAACGAAGGCACCAAGCUGAUGGUGCUCAACAGCCUGAAGAAGAUGGUGAACCUGACAGAACUGGAGCUCAUUCGCUGUGAUCUCGAACGCAUACCGCACUCGAUCUUCAGCUUGCACAACUUGCAGGAGAUCGACCUGAAGGACAACAACCUGAAGACCAUUGAGGAGAUCAUCAGCUUCCAGCACCUUCAUCGGCUCGUCUGCCUUAAGCUCUGGUACAACCAGAUUGCCUACAUUCCUAUUCAGAUUGGCACCCUGACACACCUGGAGAAGCUGUACCUGAACAGGAACAAGAUUGAGAAAAUUCCCAGCCAGUUGUUUUAUUGCCGCAAGCUGCGCUUCUUGGACCUGAGCCAUAACAACCUGACCUACAUCCCUACAGACAUCGGAACCCUGCAGAACCUCCAGUACCUGGCAGUGACAGCCAACAGGAUUGAGAGUCUACCAAAUGAGUUGUUCCAGUGCAAGAAGCUUCGCACUCUGAAUUUGGGGAGCAAUUGUCUGCACUCUCUGCCAUCGCGGUUCGGAGAGCUGACUGGUUUGACACAGCUGGAGCUGAGAGGAAACCGUCUGGAGUGUCUGCCCGUGGAGCUGGGCGAGUGCCGACAGCUGAAGAGAACCGGACUUGUGGUGGAGGAGGACCUCUUCAACACGCUUCCCACCGAGGUCAAGGAACAGUUGUGGAAAUCCGACAAAGAACAAGCUUAAACAGGUCAAAGUGUCACUGUUAGUGAAAUCGGAUACCCACCGACUUGGCCCCGACACUGGAGGAAUACUGGAGGACGUAGUGACCCAGAGGACUGGCUAAAGGCGGCGGUAAACCUGCCGCAGUGUACUGCCCAUGAAGUUGGAUGAUCGAGAACCAGUGCCAGUUUGGCAAAACCAAAAUACAAAGUGUGGUAGCCUCUGGUUGGUCUCUUAGUUCCUUACUGUCCAGUAGAGUCUUUCUCUUCCCUUACACUCAACCCCUCAGAAUUAUGCUUUUCAGCAAACAUGUAGCAGGUGCCAUUGUGAUUAUUUUAUCCUUCUCAAUUGUGGUGAAGAAGUUUGAAUACUUCAAAAAUGUAUAGGGUUGGGCUGAUGGACGAUGGCUCUGGGUCCCUCCCCCGCUCGACACUGACAGACGGUUGCAGACUGACAUGCACAGAUUCUCUACUAUAGUUUCUACUAUACUACAAUUUCAGAGUCGACCAUAACCUAGAAAUUUGCCAGAUAUACACUUGAGCCGUAGAACUGAUGAAUAUGUAGGAUAGGCUACUUUAAGGAGUAUCAUCCUGAUGCCCGGGCCGUGAUGACUGGAACAACUUGCUUUUCAUUUUUGCACACAUGUUGACAGAUAGGAGCGGCCACACUGAAGCCGUGCUGCUCAUCUAGAGAUGAGAGGACUCGCCGAUCUUCUGAAUAGCACACGAGUAUUUUAAUUUAAAAAAUGAUCUUUCACCACAGUUUUAGUAAAAUCACCAUAAUUAUCUGUUGAAUGUGUCACAAACCUAAAUGUUUGCAACACAUCCUGUACACGUUUUUAAAAAUAAAAGCACUCCAGCGUGUCUGUUGACUCAAUCCAUUCAUUUGUUUUAACAAGGCCUUGAUUGUUGAUGAACCAGAAGAACAGGGCUCGAUGCGUCCUGGCAGUUAGUUGAGUACACAAUCCGACUUUUAUUCAAGGAAAUACAGUAGUUCUACAAUAUAUAGCAGACACGCUGCCAGUGUGAACAACAGCCGCGACACGCAGCAGAACCGUGGCACAGCCGAGCAUCUACCGCCAGUACAAAACUAAGUUAUAUCGUUAAUAACCCUUUUCACGAUAGCCCCCCUUUGGACAUCGUCCAUCGCUAUGUUUCACUGCAUACAUCGUGAUUUGCAAAUUUAAGUAAACCGCGCCCAACCCUACUUUCCUAUGUUUAAUAUCCAAAGCAUUCGGUUCUUGUCCAAUCAAGAGCGAUCACACAACUGAGAUAAUUUGUCCAGUGAAAUCCGAAGGUAGCAAACUGAUCUCUGAGACCUCUCCCUCCAAUCACUUGCUCCAAUGUUUUUGAUCUUUGUUAAACUCCUAACUACCGAGCAUGCAUAAGUAAGAAUAUGAAAUUGGUUAAGGCAGGAGGCUGAAACUCUUUAUUAAGAUAGGAAAGUAAUAAGGUAAUAUUCAUAGCAAUUUUUAUCUAGUUGUAUGGAAUGACCUGUAUCAAUCACAAGCAUACUACACAGGCAAGUUAGCAAUUCUACAAGUUUGAACAAGAAGUUUGGCUCUUUCGUGGAUUUGAUGUUUCUUGUCAGUUGUCCAGAACUGACCUGAAACAAGUUUUAGAUCGGGUGUGAAGUGAGUCACCUUCAGAGGGAAGGUUUGGUUUUAAAGAUGUUGAAAUGAGAGCAUGACACAAAAUCCUUGUCGUGAUAGAUGCUGAACUCCUUUGUCUGUGAGAAGUUGUUGGACGAGGGGGGAUGUAUAGCAAUAUAUUUGUGUAUGAGGAGCAUCACAAAACAUAAACAUGCACACAGUUAAUUUAGUAACGCAUCUUCUGUCAGUAUGCUAAUGAGUGGGAAUGUGAGCAUGGCCACGCUGCAUUAAAAAAGUUAGUUUGCAAUGAGUUGCACAAAACAAAAUGAACAAAUUUAGGGGAAAUGCUGACGAGCUUUGCUCAACGGAUACACAAACCCUUUAUUAGUAUAAUAACAAUGCUGUCUUGGUUAUGAUGGUCUACAUGUAAACACUGACAGUCGAGUCGUAAGACAAUGACAUGUCUUCACAUCUGUUGUCUGAGCACCUGGCCAUUCAUGUAAUGUUCAUGUAACAUUGUAAUGUCAUGUUUGUAUCAUAAUAAGGAAAAUUAUCAGUUUAAUCUCACUGAAAUGCAUUGAUAUAUUGAGCACCUGUGCUUGAGUUAAAAGCCAUCGUCAUUGUAAUCAAUAUCAAGUGGGUUGAAUUAUAAUUGUAUCUAAUUAUUUAUGGGAAAGAAAGAACAUUGCAAUAGGUUCAUUUUAGGGGAAUAUUCCUGUUUCGAUAAUGCUCCUUUAAAAGUAACAGUGAAACACUUCCCUGCUUUCCACCACGUUAAGAUAGCAAGGUGUCAACAACACCUCUGAAAAUACUUCACUUUAAAACCAACACACCUGCGGGGGCUCAGACACAUGCAAGGACAUUUUCUAUUUAAACAACACAGGCACUAGACUGCGUUGGUCUGAAACCAGUUAACACACGUGUCGUUAUUGGCACCGCUUUGCACGGGGUGUCAAAUACAUGUUCUUAUAUGGAAGCAGAGCAGUGGAAUUAAGAUUUCUGUCCAUGAAGUUCAACAAGAUCCCUGCCAGGGAAAUAAAAAAAGACAAAAUGGUAGAAAAGAGCCAUAUUUACAAAGUAAUAAUUUAUAAUUUUAACUUAAGAGAUAGUUAAGACUAACGUGUCACCUUAAUUAAGCACACAGCUUGAGCAUCAGUUGUGGGUUCUCCUCAAAGCAGAUGAGACAGAAGUGUAACAAGAAAAACACGUGUGUCUCUGAGAACUAUACUGACACAUGUAAUUAAGUUUCACAAUGUUUUCUAAACCAAUCGCAGUUUUUACUUGAUUUCUCAUAAUUGUAGGAGAUGUUAUGAUCAUGUUUAUAUAUAUUUGUUUUUGUGUCCCAUCGUUAUUGGUCUUCCGUACUCUCCAGGUCAGGUCGUGUCGUUGUUACCAUGUUUGUUUCUCUGGUUUCAAAGUGUGAUAAUUUCUAGACAGAAAGUUUCCAACUUUUUUGCCUUCGACAGACUUUUACUUCACUUGUGUUUUGUUGCCACCGUUCAAGAUCAAUGCAGAGCUCAGACACAGUUCAACACACAACGGGGGGGCUCCUUGUGUUUACUCUGAGAAUUUAAAAUAACAACCUUCAGUCUACGUUUUCAUAAACUUAACUGCAAGAAAACUCAGAGCAGUAGCAAUAUACAAUAACUGGGCUCAAAAACAUUGGAAUGGUUAUUGUGCAUGUAUUUCAUGAACAUGUUAAACUAUCCUUUACUGUGCAAUAUUACCUUUAUUUAAACUAUGUAAACGUCAGUGGUGAUGUCGUUUUCUGAUGUGCAUGGACGUUUAUUUCUGCGCUCACUUUAACAAGGUGAUGGUGAUUUCAAGUUGAUUAUAGGAGAAUGCUUUUGCACUAUAGCGCCUCUGCCACAUGUCACAUUUAGCUCAAUGCAAACACUGGUAUACAGCUUACUGAAUACAGUGCAUGUUUUCUGAUAUGGGAAGGUUGAAGAGAAUGACUGCCAUGAGAUUAUAAAAAGUAUUUGAUUAAUAUAAUAAGUAUUUUUUCAGAUCUACACACUUAAACACGUUAAGUUGGCUCCUUACCUUUAAAUCCCGAACUGGAGCAUUUCAAAUGUUUUCCCAGAACUCCUCAGCAAUACGCCACAGAUUAAGACAAUCAACUUUAAAGCUGACGAGCUCACGAGUGUCAGAUGUAAAGUCUUGUAGAGAGAAAAUUGCAAGUAAAUGGUCAGUAUAUUAAAAAAAAUCACAGUGUAGGUUGCUAGUAAAGUGAUUUAAGUAGAUAGAUUUUGUCUCAUAGUCAUUGAUGAUAUUCUUUUUGUAUUUUACGGCUUUUCUUUAUCUUUUUGUAUUUUUCUUUAUUUUGACAGUUACUAGUAUUAUUAUAGUGAAACUAAAUUUCUCAGGAAACCAGCUGUACUCACUUCUCUUAUGAGUUGAUUGCCUUUUUUUUUAUUACACCAGGAUAUUGUUAUUUAUUUAAACAGUUGUGUUAACAUUUUAUAUGCAUUUCUACACAUUAUUUUCUAGUUUGUUGUGUUUAACAUCGACUGCUGGUUUAAAACCAAAAUAGUUUUGUGUUUUUAAAGAAGCCACUUGGUUUAACCCUGAUUCUGUGUUGUGUGUUUUUUUGUUUUCCAUCAAUGACCGGGUUUUAAUUGAGCUGUCGUGUCUGAAUUGUUUGAAUUGUGAUUAUUAGCACAGAUGGAAGUGUUGUAUGAGAGCUUUGUGUGUGUUUUCAACAUCCCCCCUUUCCACUCAAAUCGUAGGUGAUGUAGAAUACAUGAUUUUGUGCAGUGAUUUUAUUAUUAUGAUUCUUAUUUUUUGCCAAAAUGAUUUCAUUGUUAAAGGAAAUCACUUACAGUCUUGGCCUGUGUGACUACGAGUCAGGUUUCUGUUUGGACAUAGGUCUCAUCCUCUUGUACACCAUCCCCUGGGGUAAAGUCAAAUAAACUUGGUUGACCACA